AAAGCCAGAGCCAGAGUCAGCAGAGCGCCGACGACGAGAGUGCGCCAGUGAGCAGCAGCGGUCGUACCUCUACUAUAAUCUUCUGUGUGUGGCCCAGAAUCGAGUCCUAUCGCGAACGACCAUCUCAGAGUAAGGAUAUCCUUCGCGCGGUGCGGUUCGUUUAGUACCCGGUGUCUCUCGCAGUGCACAAGGUGGAAAUCUUAGCCCCCGAGCCUCUGGCGAAGCAGGUAAGAUAUCCUGCGACGCAGUGCCACAACGGCACACAGUGAAACAGUGGAAAAAUGUGACGCAUCGGCAUUGAAAAUAAAAUGAAAACAGCUGCAUUGAACAGCGAGCACAAGAUUGUAUCGCCAUUUCAGUUCCUAUCCUAAACGAAGAAAAAUUUGUGAUGAAAAUCAAUUUCUAGUGGUGACUGGUUUUAACUCGAACUGGUGCUCUCAUCACGGGAAGAGGCGUUUUGAUGCUAAAAAAUCAGUUCAUGCUGGGAGCUCGAGUGGAACAUAAAAAAAAACGUUUAAUGAUCUGUGCAGUGAAAAUGCGCAGCAUCGCCUGCGGCAACCCUUCGAAGAAGGUGACAGUGGAAAUGAUUGUUUGAUGGGUGAACUUCUCCGCUUCAAGCUGUGUCUGUUGUAGGUACUUGCCGCUAGCUACCGCUUAGUUACGCAGUUUUCCGGGCUCUUAUCGCCAUAGAAAACGUUUCUCACACGGACAGCAACUGUGGAUGCUGGGCCAGCCGAACUGUCUGACGCACGUGUAGAAUUGAGCCUGAGAGUUGGAAAAGUGAGCGAAAGCAAUGUUACAGCACCAUGAAAUCAUCCGCCAACGAAUCCGACUGGGAACCCCUGCUCGAAACGGACGGCAGAAGUUCGAAGCGACUGCAGCAGUCCGCUGGCGAAACGGCGACACCCACCUGUACCGCCAAUAGGCGGGAAACAAAAGGCUCACACCAGGAUAAAUGCGGACGCAUCCGGCUGACGAUACUGGUGGUGCUCGUGUUUAUCACCUUCUACCUGUCGCUGUCCACAAUCGACAUACGGCCGAUGGUGCACCAGAUGGUGGUCACCAUACCGGACGAUGACGAAGAUCUUCCAGGACCAAGAGGCUCAGCCUUGCCAAAUGUAGUAUUAAAACCCACAACCAACCAAAUCAUUCCCGUUAUUCCACGCACGUCGUCGUCGUCGUCGUCGUCUUCGACCAAACGCACGGUGCAACCGGAAACCGACCAUUCCAACGACAUCGACACCCACAACAACCAAACGAGCGUAGUGCCAAAAGGAUUCCUAGUUUGGGGACCAGGAUGUAAGAUGUUGGACCUAGAUCCGCUGGCGCAUGAUGUCAUGCGAUUGUUCCACAAGGAGCGCUUCGUGCCAUGUUCACCGAAGCAACCACUCACAUCGAUCGAGCAGACGUUCGAAAACGACACGGUAGUGCUACGAUUUCACCGGGAUCUCGUUGCCGUUCAUCUGCCACACUAUAUGAAAUACAUCGAAUGCUGCUACCAAAGCAUCGAAAGAGCCGGAACCAACGAAAAGGCUGAUAAGGACUAUAAGUUAGGCGAAUGUAAAUAUUUUUCCGAGGACGUUCAAAUACCCCCGAACGUAACCAGCGGCGUAAUGGUCCGCUGCAAGGGCAGUAUAGCGGCCAACAGCAAAACGCGCAAAUCGGUGUACACGAAUGCACACGCGUUCAUUCGCCCGAAGGCGGCCGUGCAGCAGCGGCUGGAUCGCUUCCGCCAGAACUACCAGCAGCGUCCACUCAGUGUCCUGAUGGUGGGCAUCGACAGCAUCUCGCGGCUGAACCUGAUCCGAGCGAUGCCGCACACGGCGCAGCAUCUCUACGAUACGGGUUGGUUCGAGCUGAAAGGAUACAACAAGAUUGACGACAACACGUACCCGAACCUGAUGGCGAUUCUGACCGGAUUCAACAGCAGCCUGGCGUACGGGAUUUGCAAUCCACGGCAGGUCGGCCAGUUGGAAACGUGCCCGUUCAUGUGGAAUUACUUCGCCGACAGUGGCUACGUAACGGCGUACGCCGAGGACGAAGCCAGCAUUAACACGUUUAACUAUCACAAAUUCGGCUUCGUAAAGCAACCCACUGAUUACUAUCUGAGACCAAUCGCGCUAGCCGCAGAGAAGUAUCUAACCAAGAAAACGAAGAAUUCGUUGACAUUCUGUCUGGGCUAUCAAAACUAUGCCGAUUUUAUCUAUCAGUACGCACUGGAUUUCGCUUCAUUCUACAAGGAGGAGCCUAAUUUUGGACUGUUCUGGACCAAUACGUUUAGCCAUAACGAUAUCAGUGAUCCGUCCUGCAUGGACGCACGAAUGAAGUACUACAUUGAGGAAUUGGAAAACAGAGGAAUUUUAAACAAUAGCAUGGUCGUGUUUUUCAGCGACCACGGGCUCCGCUUCGGUGCCGUUCGAUCUCUAUUAACCGGUUGGCUCGAAGAAAGACUGCCUUUUAUUUUUAUCUGGUUGCCAGAGUGGUUCAAAGAACAACACCCGGAAAUUGUACAAGCUUUGAAGAUUAACCGAAACAGGUUGACGAAUCCAUAUGACUUGCACGUGACACUAAAGCACGUGCUGGAAUUGUCCGAACGAAUCGAUAAUCUACCGGCACCGGUCAGUUGUGCCAACUGCCAGAGUCUCUUUCAGGAAAUGCCCUGGAAUAGAUCCUGCGAAGAGACGUCCAUUGCUUCGCACUGGUGCACCUGUGCAGCGUUCGAGGAGAUUGACAAAAAGUCGAAAAUCGUACGAGCUGCGGUCGACUUCGUCAUCGAUUCCAUCAAUCAAGAUCUAUUGGAGCAUCAGAAAAAUCUGACGAAAAAAUUGUGUGCCAAGAUGCAGCUUAAGUCGAUCUCGCUAGCCAAGCUGGCGAAGUACCCGAACGCGGAGGUGCCCCACAACGAUUAUCUGCUGAUAUUCGAUGGUAAACCGGGCAGUGGAAAGUUCGAGUCCACGGUGCGGCACUACACCAAGCGGGACGCGUUCGAGGUAACCGGAUCGAUCAGCCGGCUGAAUGAAUACGCUAGUCAAAGUGAAUGUAUGCAUGUUGAUUAUUUGCGCAAGUAUUGCUACUGCUUGCGACGGAAGGGAGGUUAGACUUCUGGGUAACUUGACUAACAGAUGAAUAAUGUGACAAUAAGUUUAAAGUCGUUUACUAGUUUAGUGAAUUGCGUACUCUGCAGGUUGAAACCGGCCCCCCUUUUUACUCUUGCUUAGGAUCUGUGUACAUCUCAGCUGAAAAAUUUCUUAGCAGUAGAAUCAUAGUUUUUUACAUCGUUUAAAACAUUUCAUUUUCCAUCCAACCAUCCAAGUUGAUAGCCAAAAUUUGUACCUUACUAUAUUUCCCUUCAAAACAUAUUACAAAAUAACAUCGUUAUGGAAACAAAAUCAAAAUCGCUGUAAAUGUACAUUAGAACACGUAGAAACAAAGAAUAGCUUUGCAUAUAGAAAAUAUAAACUCCAAACAAAAGUUAGCCUGAAGAAGUAAAAAAUCAACGGCUUUUUCCUACCAGUGAAAGGAAUCUCGAACCAUUUUUUCCUUAGAUGAAAGUAUUUUCUUUAUUUACUCUGAGAGAGAAGACAUUACCUUUUAGCGGUUAGACUCGAAAGAUAGCUAUUUUUAUUACUGUUAGACUUAUUGAAGGAUCAUAAAUACUUAAGGAAUUAUC